UGAAUUUCGCUGACAGAAGCAGCUGAUUCGCGCUGAACUUGACAUUGAAAAGAGUUGACGCAUUUACAGUGAGAGUGCUGCAGUGCUUUGUGUAACACACAUUUUCAUCUUGCUCGUCAGAGGAAUCGAUUUUGCGGAGUUGCGAGGAGUGAAAAGUUGGAAUCAAAGUUUUCAGCAGCGUCAUUUACACGUUCGGAGCGAAAGUGGGCAACGCGAAAAGUGCCAGGGGGUCACGCCGAAAGUACGUGACGAAAAUGAGUGUCGCAGCAGCGGCAGCCCCGUCGUCGGCGGCUGCAGCACUCAACAUCAACGAUCUGCCGUUUGAGAUAUUGUGCGACCUGUUCGACUAUCUGCCGCUGACGGAUAUCAAAACGGCCUCGCUCGUCUGCCACCGAUGGCACCAAAUCAUAUUCUCCGAACUGUACAUCAAGCGGUUCAAGCUGAUGAUUAGCUUGAACGAAAUCUUGCCUCAACUUAAGCUAAUGGCUCAGAUUCUAGAGAAAUCCGAUCGUGAAUACUACAGCAUCUUCUUGAAGGCAAACCUAGGUCUUCCACUAACAAUGGCACGACUCAAAAUAGUUCAGUUUGUUGUUCAGCAAAUCUGUCAAAACGCAGAAUCUCUAUAUUUCAAUAUGGCCGAUUUGAGGUUAGAAUCGUGCGUUUCCGAGCGCCUUCUCCGCAGUCGCAAGCUUCAACUUAUCGACACCCGCGCCAAGUACAUCCCCCUCGGAAUGGGCCUCAAGGAGUCCAUGCUCGCCGCAAUCUGCGACUACUCACCCGAUCUCGUAGACCUAGUCAUCGCAGAAAUGAACAUAAACAACCCCAAGGCGCUCGAGAAACUAUCGCAACUCAGCCAGCUCAAACUACUCCUUAUCAGCGACUACUACCCGUACGCCCUUCCACCGCUCCCACCCAUCAACCUCCCUAACCUAGAGAACCUCUCGCUGAUCAACACGACCGAUCAGGCGACGUUCUACUUCAAAACCGACAACCUGAAGCGGUUCUUCAUCCACACCAACGGGACGGACGCGCCCAAAACGAUGCAAUCGAUCGCCACCAACAUCAGCGCCAUCAGUAGGCUGUGCGUCCACUUUACCGCCCGCACCAUCCUGCCCGAGCACGUGUUCGAGCAGCUGGACAAGUUCCCGAAUCUGGCAACGCUGGAGCUGGGCGCCGUCGCCAUCCCCGCUGACGUUCUGAAGCUGAUGCAUCCAAGCAGCCUGCUGCACAAACUCAUCUUCGUCGAGUGUCACCUGGAGACGCUCUUCCUGGCCGAUUUGAAGGCCAAGCUUCCCGAGCUGCGGCAGCUCGUGUUCGACUCGUGCAUGCUGUUCCACGCGGGCCAGGGCUUCCAGCGCGUCCAGUACCACGAUCUGGAACCACUGCGGCGCGACCUGCCCAACUGCCGCGUGCUGCUGGACUACGAUUAAACAUAUCGUCCGACGGGGGUGUGGACACUUGUCCCAAAUCGUGAUAUUUACUCGCAAGUGUCCUACCCCCCUCGCAACUGUCAAUUGUUGUUGUUUGUUGUGUUUAGGCACUCUUGUUGAAUAGUGAUAAAUUGUUAAUUAUUGGCGCUAUUAGAGAAUAAAAAUGGCCGUCAACUGUCAAAAGCAGUGAUGCCAGCUGUCAAAAAAAACUUUCAAUU